AUGAGGUUCGGAAAAUACAAGAGCCGCAUAUUUUCGAGGCCUGCAAAGGCCGUUCGCCGCCUCUUGUGCAAAUACUGCAGUCGCACCAAGCGCUGCAUCUACAUCAAGGGCCGCAGCCACACCAAAGGCCACAUUCACAACCCAUCGCAUCCCGACUGCCAUGAGGCAGAGGACCGCGAGCCGCGGCACGGGCUAGAGCUGUCGCGGGAUGCGCUGGCGCUGCCAACUCCCUCAGAAUACGCAAAGUUCAGCCAAAACCCCUUCCAGGGCGACGACAACAACGACGAUGACAAGUCCUCUAUGACUGCCUGCUCAAUGAAGGUACAAGGAGGAAAAGACGAUGACGUGGACAGCGCAUACGGCUCUCGCUACAGCGACACAGGCUCCAGCGGCACGACCUUGCGGGGAGAAGAAGAAGGCGCCUCGCUCGCCUUCAACGUGCACCAAGCCGAGUACAGCGUGCUCUUCCAGCGUGCCAAGCACGUCAUGGACAGACACUUCCUCGGCCCUCUCCACGGACUCCCACUAUCUGCCCUCUCAGCCGCCCGAGCAGAGGCUUAUCCCGGCGGAUUCCUAGUCAACCAGCAGUGGCGCGCCCGGAUCAUAGAAGGGCAGUUGUUCCUCGCCGCGAGGUACGAGAUCAAGAACAUGUGCCUGGACCGGAACCUGCGGAAAUUCAUCGACAGCCACACGCGCACCAUCUGUCCCCAUGUGCGGACACACAAUGUUGGGCGCGAGGACAGCGUGUGCACGACGCGGAUCCCGGAACUGGACACGGCCAGACUACACGGUGACUACCGUUAUCACCACAUCCGGCUCGAAAAAGACCGCUUUCCCGGCUUCGUGGGCGAGAUGAGGGCGUGUCGGUUUUGCCCCACAGACUACUGCGUCAGAGUCUACGACAAAGGGCCUAUUGAAGGCUUCAUGGUUUCCAUUAGCACUUGGCAUCGCUUGGGCCGCUGUCGCUCACCGGAGGAUGUUGUGUGGCAGAGAUUCGUUUCCGGAGCUGAAGCGACCUGGCGCUCACGGGCAAGGAUCCGGUAUGCGCAUCGGGACGACCCUGUUCCGCCUCAUGAGGCGGGCAGUAUCCGGCGUAAGUACGAGGGUUCAACAGCAGGGGAUGAUAAGGAGGUGAAGCGGGAGGAGGCUAUGCGGAAGAAGGCGAUGCAGAAAGAGGAAAGCGCAGUGCAGAAGGCGAACAAAAACCCGCCGCCAAAUGCACGCAGACGACAUCGCUCGCCGGCGCGCUUUGGCGUUGGCUGCCGCUAG